AUGGUUCCUAAUUCAGCAGUGGGACUUGUUGUUGAUGGCAACAACACCAACAACAGCAUCAACAGCAACAACAGCAGCAACGACAACAGCAACAACAACAACAACAGCAGCAGCAACAACAGUAUUAGUAAUACUAAUACAAACAGUUGCAGCAGCAGUAAUAGUUGCAGCAGCAACUGCAGCAACAAUAACUGCAGUGGAAGACAACGUGUAGCAGCAGCAGGAACAGCAACAGCAACAGCAACAGCAACAACAACAGCAGCAGCAGCAGCGUCUCCUGUAGAUACACCUACAGAUACGCUGCUGCAACAUACAUACAUUAGGCCUUGUCCUUCUCCUGCUGCUGCCUCUUGGCUAAGGGAACCUUGUUCUGCUGCUGCUGCUGCUGCAGGCAGAUUGUCCCAGCAGCAGCAACCAAGACCCUCACCAGGAGACACACCUCUCCUAUCCGAAGCAUCACCAGAUGUUGGUCUUCUUACUGUUGGCAGCAGCAGUAGCAGCAACAGCAGCAGCAGCAGAUUCGAUCCUGUACUAGCAGCAGAUGCAGAUGGUGUACAGUCCUCUGUUAAUAACUGCAUGCAGGCAUUAAAGUUUCAGCCUCUUCCUCCUGCUGCUGUUGCUGCCUCUCCUCUACCAUCGGAGAGUUUGUUUGCUGCUGCUGCAGCUGCUGCUGCAGCAGAAGGCAAAGCUGCAGCAGCAGCUGCGGCUGCGGCUGCAUACGGAGGAGUUCUAGCGGGAGUGGGGUCAGCUCAUCCACACGGCGCAGCACCAACUACAGCAGCAGCUACGGCAGCAGCUGCUGCAGCAGCAGCACCGGCAACAGGAACUACAGAGGGAAGAGCGGGGCCACCUGUUAAGAGACACAGAGGAGAGGAAAGCUUGCUUCAUGCAGAGCUGCAGCUGCAGCAGCAGCUGGCAUUAGCAAGGAAGAGGCAGCAGCAGGAAGCAAUGGGGGAAACAGCUAUGAAUGGUACAAAUGAAUGGGUUGCUGCCAGCAACGGCAGCAACAACAGUAGCAGCAACAACAGUAGCAGCAACAGCAGUAGCAGCAACAGUAGUAGCAGCAGCAGCAGCAACAUCCCAGGGCUUCUUGUUGGUGGUACUCUGCUGCCGCAGCAAGCAGCAAGAGGCAGCAGCGGGGUGCAGCAGCCCCCGCUGCACCUACCAUCCUUCCCUAAUGAAUUGAAGGUGGGGGUGCUGCAGCACAGCAGGCUGUCUCUUGAGCAGCAGCAGCUGCUGCUGCAACAACAGCAGCAGCAAUGGGGAUAUCAGGCCGCGCAUGCACGACAGCAGCAAAGUCUGCUGCAUGGCGUGCGUCUUUCUAGGCAGCAACUACUGGCAGAAGGAGGGUGUGCAGGUGACCCUCAUCAUCAGCAGCAGCAGCAACAGCAGCAGCAGCAGCAGCUAUCUUGUGAGGAGGAGAGCGAAGGGGCACUACCUCAUGUUUAUACUGCCUAUGCAGAGCAGCUGCUGCAUGAGAUCUUAUCUGAAUCCCCGGAUGCCUCCAGUGCUGCCAACUCACCGCCGCAGCAGCAGCAGCAGCAACAGCAGCAGCAACAACAACAACAACAGCAGCAACAGCAACAACAACAGACUGUUAAGGGGGAGGCAGAACAACAGACACAGGCAACUGCUAGCGAGAACGGGGGAAACUCAUCAACAGCAACAUCUCCUCAAGUUGCAGCAACAGCAGCAGCAGCAGCAGGAGCAAACAGCGACGCCGAAACGGAAGGCAAGAGCAGCAGCAGCAGCAGCAGCAGCAGCAGCAGCAGCAGCAAACGUCGUGGUGGUGUGCAUACACGUGCAUUAACUCGUGCAUUAACAAGUUCUCCUGUGGAGGGUUGUAUGUCUGGAGGUGAAGGCAGCAGCAACAGCAGCAGCAGCAGCAACAGCAGCAACAGCAGCAGCCAGUUGCUGCAGCAGCAACUCCUACGAUGGAGCCUAGCAGCAACAGCAGCAGGGGGAGCAGAAGCACUAUGGUGCUGCUCUAAUAGAGAUCCCUUCCAGCUGCGGCAGGGGACAGCCUAUGGGGGUACAAGAGAUGCAGCAGCAGCAGCAAAGAGGCGUAAUAUGCUUACUAGACAGAUGCGUCGUCUUACAUCUGCAGCAGCAGCAGCAACAGGACCCGCGGAUACUCUUGUGUCACUAGGGCGGACUUCAGCUACAUCCACAGCUGCAGCAGCAAGUGCUGCAGCAGCAGCAGCAGCUCGAGGUGAACGUGAUGCGUAUAUGCACACACAUGGAGGAAGCAGCAGUUGCAGCAACAGCAGCUGCAGCAACAGCUGCAGCGGCAGCAGCGGCGGUGCUGCUCUUAUUGGAGCUCGCUCCUUAGGCCGCAACAGGAAGCCGCCUGCUCGGCUGCUGUGGCUAGCUAAGAAGCAGCGGUGGAGACAGCUAAGAGAAGCAGCAGCAAGAGUGCGUCUUGCUGCAGCAGACUUUGCUGCUGCUGCUCCUUUUGGUGUUGACUCCGCCUCUCAGGCAGCAGCAGCAACAGCUGCUGCUGCUGCUGCUGCUGAGGGAUGCUGCAGCGCAACUGCACCAGGUGCAUGCGGAGGCAUCAUGUCUAUAGGCAGCAAUGACCUCGAGGCAGAAGCAGCAGCAUACAGCAGCGACGACUGCAGCAACUGGAUAAGCUGGACAAGGCACAGACACCGCAGCUCAGCAGCAGCAAAGGCAGCUGCAGCAGCAGCAGCUGCUGCUGCUGCUGCAGCUGCAGCUGCUCCUCUUGGAGGAGGUGCUGCUCUUGAGGCACUGCACCUGCAAUUGCAACAGCAACAUCGGCAGCAACAUCAACACCGCGCGCAGCUGUUGCAGCAGCAGCACCAAAAGCUCCUGCUGCAACAACAGCAGCAGCAACAGCAACAGCAACAACAACGUGCACCGGCGCCAGGAGGUGCAGCGGAUGCCCCGGCACCCUGUCCUGCUGCUGCUGCUGCAGUAGCAGCAACAGCGAAAGGCUGUGCAGUAGCCGACGCUCCACCGACUCCAGCAGCAACAACCCCACCGCCAGCUGCUGCUGCUGCUGCUGCAGCAACAGCAGCAACAACGCCUGCAGCAGCAGCACUAGCAACAUUGCCACCACAUCAUGAUGCACAGAGAUUGAGGAGGCAGCUGCAGCAUCUGCAACAAAAGGAGCUGCAGCGCUUCUUGGCUUUGUCGCAGCAGCAGCCCCUGCAGAAGCAGCAACAACUUGCGGCAGCAGCUGUUGCUGCUGCUGCUGCCUCAGCUGCGGCGGCGACUCCUGGUGCUACUGCACCACAACAGCAGCAACCACAGCAGCAGCCAGCAGCUACGGCUGCUGCUGCUGCUGCUGCUGCUGCUGCUUGGCCGCAUGCAAAUGCAUUAAAACCCCCUCAGGGCAGCUACCCGUCAGGGUUUCUGCUGCAGCAGCUGCUGCAGUUCGAGUCGCAGCAGCGGCGGCAGCAGGAAGCAGGAGAUAGCAGCGCUGGUUUACCCGCACAGCAGCAGCAGCAACAACAGCAGCAACAGCUGCUGCAACGACACAGGCAGCAGUUGUUGCAGCAAAAGCUGCUUCUGCAGCAAGCCAGCUGCAGCCCGCAGCAGCUCCUCAUGCUGUCAGGCCGCGCCCAUUUGUUUGCGCAGGUGAAGGCAGCAGUUAAUGCAGCAGCAGCAAAGGCUGCUGCGGCGUCUCUGCAGCAGAGUCAGCAGCAGCAACAACAGCACAGCUUCCUGCAGCAGCAUCUUCAAGGAAUCCAGGGUCGUCUGCAGCAAACGGCCAUAGCUGCUGCUCUGCAGUCUGCAGCAACGAGAGCAGCAACAGGUGCUGCUGCAACGCAGCAACCAGCAGCAGAUCAUCCGCAGGAAGAAGUGGAGGAAGGUGCAGCAACUGCAACAGCAGAGACCUCUGCAUUUGCAGCAAACGAGGCGCAUGCAGAAGACCGCAUGCAUGAACAGCGAGAGUCGCAGCAGCAGCAGCAGCAGCAGCCACAGCAGCAGCAGCAGGAGUCUGGUAUUGUAUUGCCGAUAACCGUGAAGCCACCAGCAGCGGAAGGUUGGGCUGAGCAAAGUAUAAGGACUCCUGCGGCAGCAGCAGCCGCUGCUGCAGCAGCUGCUGCUGCUGCAGCUGCUGCUGCUGGCAUGAAGCAAGCAGAAGAGGGAGAUGCAGCAGCACAGGGUGAGCAGCGCCGCUGCAUAUCAACAGCAACAACUUCUAGUGCAGCAGAUAAUACAGAAGAAGGCAGAGGCAGCGAUCUGCUGCUGCUGCGGCAGCAACCAGAGCAUCUGCUGCUGAAUAAACCCUCUUCUAGUGAACAAGAGAUGCAGGAGAAACAGUUGCAUGCGCAAGAGGAGCAAGAGCAGCAGCAGCAGCAGCACGAACCGCAGCUGCAGCAGGAAGAACCCCAGCUGCAGCAGCAUGAACCACAACUGCAGCAGCACGAACCCCAACUGCAGCAGCAGCACGAACCCCAGCAACAGCUGCACGAACAGCAGCAGCUGCUGCUCGAACAGCAGCAGCAGGCCCCACAGGGGCAGCAGGAGGAACCCCAACAGGAGGGACCCCCAACGCAGCAGCAGGGAGAACCCCAACUGCAGCAGGAAGACCAGCAGCAGGAGGAGGAGGAGCAGCAGCAGGAACCGCAACGUGAGGAACAGCAGCAGCAGGGACAGCAGGAGGAGGGACAGCAGCAGGAGGAACAGCAACAGCAGGAUCAGCAGCAUCAGGGACAACCGCAAGAGGGACAACAGGAACAGCAGCAGCAAGAACAGCAACAGCAGCAGCAACAGCAGGAGCAGCAGCAGCAGGGUGUGCUGCCAGGUGCUGCAGCAAUAGCAAACAGUUGUUAUAACGGCUGCACUUUAUCUGGCCUUGUUAAGGGAGGAACAUCUGAUGAUUUGCUGCUGCGGUCUGCUGCUGCUCUUGGUGCACCACCAGAGGGAUAUUGCUGCAGAGGAGAGCAGCAGAUGCCGCAUGCAGCAACCUCAGCUUGA